AUGGUUGCGUUCAAAGCAGCGUUGCUAUGGCUCAGCACUUCAGCUUACGUUCUUGCAUUACCAGCAAGCAACAAAGAAGCUGAGUACAAGUAUGACAUUAAUGGCGAGCUCCUUGCCUCCGGCGCCGAUAAGAGGUCAAACAACUAUCCAGUCUGUAAGAAUGACCGAAACUACUCGGCCCUUGAGCGCAACAAGGCCAGAGCAUCGCCAUUCUGCUCCACCUACCUCCGCAGCACAAAGACCACAACAGUGACACCCACGAUUCGAAAGACCACCACUCGGAACAACAUCGAAACAAUUACCGUUCGGCAGACCAGUACAGUCACCACACAGAAAACUACAGUAGCUACAGCCAGAGUGACAGACACGUCUACUGCCACCCAAACAAAGACAAUCACUGCCGAGGUCACAGACACCAAGACAGAUCGAGCUACUAUUACCCUCACGGACGGUCUUACCAACACUGCUACGGCUCUGGCGACAAGAACAGCAACAGUGGAAGUCACAGUUGACACCACGAAGCAAGUCACUGAUACCAUUACUAUUGAAGUAACAGAUACUGUUAUCAACCAGAUCACGAGCACCGUGACUGAGGAGGCCACUGACACCGAGUCCGCAACAGUCACAGUAACUUCUACCGCCCCGACUCCUACUCAGACUAUCACCACGAAUAAAUACCAUUGCUCCAUUCCUGGCUUUGGUACAGCUCAGUACAGUUUGGCCGCCGGUCCAGGUGGUUCUGGUAACUUCGCCUCUUGUAAGGCGUUCUGCUUGACGGUAUCCGGCGCUGUUAGCUUUGGCUAUGGCGGGGGACAAUGCGCUUGUUACAGCGCUCCAGCAGAAGUAAAUGCAAGGAAGCAAGCCACCCAAUACUAUUUCUCAGAUCUAGCUUGCCCUUCUGAGAAUCCUCCUCCUACCAAACGCGCCGCCACGCAGCCGAAGUUCCCCGACUAUAUCCCGUGUGAUGAUCCUCGAGAUGUCAGCAAAGCCUGCUCAUGCCUCAUUACUAAACCGGCCGCCCCUAUUACCAAGACAGCUACUGCCCAUCCAAAGACCAUCACGGCCACAGUAACGAAAUGCAAGACAGUCACAGUUACCAAACCAACGACAGUCACAAAGACAAACCAAAAGACUGUCACCACAACCCAGCACCAGACCAGUGUAAAGACAGCCUACAAGACCGUCACCGCCACCCACCAUAACGAUGCGACAGUGACCAAUACUGUUACAAAUGAAGUCACUGAGUAUAAUACUAUUACAAUAACUGCCUACGAUACUGUCUCAGCAACAGAAUAUAAUACGGCAUACUUUACGAAUACCAAUAUGGUCUCUCAGACAGAUACAGACACUGUCACUGCCACAAACACCAACUAUGAAACAGUUACCAAUACCGUUACUAUAACUGAGACUAGUACUACUACAUCUACAAUUACACCUCCAACGGCUACUGCGACAGUAACUCAAAAUGGAUUUGAGUAUGGGUCUUAG